CUUUGCUUCGCUCGACUAAGGGUCCUCGCGUGACGAAACCGUGACGUGUCUCGCUUUCGUUACAGGCCACUUUGAGCCACGUGAUACCCGCGCGGACUCCAGCGCGUCAAGGAAGGUAGCCAAUUAAAUCUCUUUCUCUUAAGCCAUCAUCACUACCACCAUGGAUUUUGACGAUGACGAGAUACAAAGGGCCAUUGCACUCAGUCUUCAACAAUCCAGAGCCAAAGCCAGAGCCAAAUCACCUCCACAUUUUCUUGAGACUAUCGUGAUCAGCUCGGAUGAUGACGACGACGAGCAGGUACAGCAGGCAUUGAAGACGCAACCAGUGGAGCUUUCGAAGGCACGGGAGUUAUCAGGUCCUCAAUCUUCUUUUCUUUCAGAAAGAGCGCAGCUAGAGAAGGAAAGACGGGAGCGCCAACAGCGAUAUCUUCAAGCCACUGGGAAGGGGAAGUCCGCGAAGAAUGACGAUGAUGAAGAGAUACAGAUUGUGGAGCCUUCAACGUCUCGGAACACGAAGACAUCUUCCUCCGCGCCUAUACCGCUCACGGAUCAGCUCUUUUUUGAAGGAGAAAUAAGGCCAACAGCGACGCGACUUGCAGAGCCUAGACGAGAUAGAAAAGCCACGUUCCGAUUGACAGAAAUUUUGGGCCCAAAAUCUGACAUAUCUUUCGCCAUUCUGUCUACUUAUGCUCACGACAUAUCUUGGAUUUACCAAUUUUUUGAGCGUGAGGUCCCAGUGAUCUUUAUCGCGCAUGGGGAAUCAGAGGGGAUGCGGAAUGUUCUCCCAAAUUGGAUUAAGACAGUGCCCAAGCUCAAUGGGCCUUACGGAUGUAUGCAUAUGAAGUUUAUGAUUAUAUUUUACAAGACGGGUAGGUUACGCGUGGUCAUCUCCACGGCGAAUCUGGUCCCAUUUGACUAUAGAGACAUUGAAAACGUCGUAUGGCUGCAAGAUAUCCCUCCCCGCGGAACUCGGAUUGCCAGCGACCUCAAAGCGGACGAUUUUCCAGCGACAAUGCAACGAGUGCUGCACGGUGUCAAUGCAAGACAAGCACUAGAGCUGAUGCUAAAGGAGCAUCCCAAUCUUCCCCUUCGCAAGAUUGAGGAUCUACGUUCGCGGUGGGACUUUGCGAAAGUCAAGGUCCAUUUGAUUCCGUCGCUUGCUGGGAAACAUGACGGCUGGCCGGAGGUCACGUUGACAGGACAUAUAAGACUCAUGAUGGCCAUAAGGAAUCUUGGUCUUCGAACAAAGAAGGGAAAAACUGCGAGAAAACUAGACGUGGAGUACCAGGGCUCUUCUAUCGGAAAUUACACCACUCAAUGGGUGAACGAAUUCUUCUAUUCAGCACGAGGCGAGAGCCCGCAGGAUUACCUCGACGGUCCCAAAGCUAAACGCGCCAAACUUCCUUAUCCCUCCAUCAAAAUCAUAUUUCCGAGCAAGAAGACUGUGCAGGAGAGUGCUCUCGGUGUGCAAGGUGGUGGUACGAUAUUUUGCCGAAGAGCUCAAUGGAAUGGUAAGAACUUCCCGAGGGACAAGUUUUAUGAUUCGAAAAGUCGUGCGGGAAAAGUGUUGAUGCAUACCAAGAUGAUUAUUGGUCUACUAUCCGAGAACCCUGUUGAUGUCGAUGAUUCUGAUACUGAAGACAGCGAUAGCCAGGUGGUGGACGCUCCGAUAGGAUGGGGCUACCUCGGAUCGCAUAAUUUCACCCCUUCGGCAUGGGGAACUCUUUCUGGGAGUGCUUUUAGACCGGUCCUCAACUUAAAGAAUUAUGAGAUCGGCAUCGUUUUCCCGAUAAGAAACAAGGAGGCGUUGGAGAAGGUGACAUUUUGGGAGAGGCCACCCCAGCGCUACGAUGAAGGCGGACCAUGGGUGCAGGAAGAAUUUAUGUAAUUAGCAGGUCUCCCAGGUCGAUCGCGUAUAUUCCAGAUCCAAACACCAAUGGGCUGAAAGUUUUACGACAGAUCCGGCCUACAGAAGAAUAGUUCUAUAGUUCCAUCAAGACUUGACAUCAAUUUAGAGAAGAGCGAAUACGACUUAUAAAGCCUGUCCCUUCAGCCAGCGAUUGACAAGCUCUAGAGAUUCCUGGGGUUUGUCAUAAGGUACCUGAUGCACGUUAGGACAUCAUGAUGAUCCAAAUACGAGACACCCACCAUAUGGCCCGCCCCUUCAAUCGUAGCAAACGUCAAGCCCUUGCUGCUCCUCGUCAAACCAGCCUUCUUUCCCCCAAUGAACCAUUCCCUUAGCUCCUCAUUUACAAACGUUU